AUGAAUAUUUUUACCUAUAAUAUUGAUUAUGAAAAUAUUAAUUAUAAUUAUAUUAAAAAAAAAGAUUUAUAUUUUGAUAAAAAAAAAGAUAUUAUAGGAAAGGGUGCUUUUUCUUUUGUAUAUAAAGCAUAUUAUAAAAAUAAUAUUGUUGCUUUUAAAAGAGCGGUUCCUGAACACUAUUUUGGUAGGAAAAUUAUAACAAGUUUAGAACAUGAAAUAAAAAUAUUAAAAUCAGUUAAUCAUAUAAAUAUUAUUAAAUUAAUUGGUAUUUCAUUGGAUAUUAAAGAAAUUGGAAUAGUUUUAGAGUAUUGUCAGGGUGGUACAUUGGCUGAUUUAAUACAUAAAUGGAGAAUAAAAGAUUUAUUAAUAUGUUUAAAAUAUCUUCAACAAAUAUGUAAUGGAAUGUCAUAUCUUCAUAAUGAUUCAAAAGAAUGUAGAAAUAUAUAUAUUCAUAGAGAUCUUAAACCACAAAAUAUUUUAAUAAAAGAAAAAAUUUGUGAUAAAAGGAGUGCUGAAUUUUCAUUAUUAUAUACAAUGUCAUGUAAUGAAUGUAAAGAUGGUUGUUCUUUUAUUGGUAAUGUAACUUUAAAAAUAGCUGAUUUUGGAUUAAGUAAAGUAAAUGAUGAUAGAUGUAGUCAUAUAAAGGGAACAAUACCAUAUAUGGCUCCAGAGGCACAUCAAAAAAUUUGUACUACCAAAUCUGAUGUUUAUAGUUUUUCUGUUCUUUUAUGGGAAAUGUUAAAUUUAGAAUCACCAACAUUAGGAAGAAAUAGGGAAAAUAUUUUGGAGGAUCAAAGAUUAGGAAAACAGAUUUUAAAAAUGAAUAGUAAUACACCACAAUUUUUAGUUAAAAUAUUUGAAGCCUGUCAUUCUUAUAAUAUUUUAGACCGUCCCUCAUUCUAUGAUAUUGGACAAUUAAUAAUGAUUAAAUUAGAUAAACUAAUGGAAGCACUAGAAAAAGACAAAAUACAUAUAUAUAAUGAAAUAUUAAAAAAACAAAAUAAUACGAUUAAAAAAAUCAAUGAUAUGAUUAAAAGAAAUAGGAAUGAAAGAAUAAAUGAAUUUAAUAAUUUAGAAAAUGAUUAUGAAAAGUUAAGAAUGAAAAUCAAUAGUAAUUUUUUUUUAUCAACAAUCUUGAGUCAUAAUUUAAAAAUUUAA